GCUUAUAUGAUCAGGAGCAAGGAUGACAACCCUCUCAAGAAAGACCUUUUCAUAUGUGAGACCUGCAUGUCGACGACUUACGCAUCUGAACACUGCGAGCCCAUUCCGAAGCUGAAGAGUAUUGACGAGUGCCUGAAUAUGGGUGAGUGUUACUGAGGAGAGCUGGAAGUUCAGGGUUUGUCCUCCGCCAGUGUAUUUUGGACUAUUUUAGCCCUAUUUAGCUGCUUGUUGGUUAGUGGUUCAUUUUGAUAUUUCUUUGCAAAAACGUUUCACGAUUAGUACAAAAUGAUUAGUGAACAGUUUUUUAAUGUUGAUUUAGCUGGAUUUAAUACUAUGUUUAUCGUAAAAUUGAAUUUAGUUCGAUAGAUUGUAGUUUAUAAGAUUAAGUAUUUGUUGAGAGUGGCUUGUAAAAGCAUAGGGUAUCCUCAUGUCUUCACUGAGGUCAGUACAUCAACAUUACUUAUGGCAGAUCAUCUUUAAAAAUUCUAUCAAAAAGAUGCGAUGUUCUAAUAAUAUCAGUUGAUCACAUUUCAAUUCUUUAGUAAUAUUUAAUAUUGAUGAAAUCGAAAGGUUCAAAGACCAACAAAACCUUGAUGAAGCCUGGGAUGGUUUCCUCCCAGACCUAGAAACGUUCAAAGACGUCUACAUUGACCUCAAAAAAAAGUAUAAAAAGGCUGAAGAAGAAAAACAGUGGUGGACUUUUGUGUAUCUUCUAUCAGAUGCUAGAGCUUUGCUCAACCUCAUCUUUGACUCUGAGUUGAUGAAGCAUUACAACAGACACCUUCACUCCAGAUCUUAUCAAGAAUCUAAAAGAGGAAUCAUUCAGACAGAAGGAGUUGAUCAGUCUUUUAUGAGGAACAAGCUCUCUAAACUUGAGGAGGAUUUAACAAAUAAGCUGAUCACUCCUCUGAAAGAAAAACUGAGAAGAACUACUGAGGAAAACGAUCACAAGGAUCGCCAAAUAGAAGUCAUGAAAGAAGAACAGAAGAGACUGGAACAAAUUGAGCAGACCUUACAAGAGAAAGAUAACGAAAGUCAGGAAACAAUCCAGGAACUCAACGAAACAAUCGAGUUCAAAAGCCAAGAAGAAGCUAAAAGAACCGCCCAAAUCGAUGAACUCCAACACCAAAUCACCUCCUUAGAAUCCACUCUUGAAGGAUCCAAACACACUCUUGACCACUCACAACUCAAAGCCAUCCACAACUCAAUCACCAACUCCACCACCACCUUCGACUCCUCUUCCAGUCUCAAAUUCGACCUCGAUGAAGCCUCCUCCCAAACCCUGUUGGAAGCCUUACAGCUAAACACUCUUCCUCCUCUCAAUAAGCUCUCCUUCAAAUACACAAGAGGAUACUACAGGCCUGAGCCGAUCUCCAAAUUUCUGCUGAAUGCAGUUCCUCAAGGCCAUAAUUCUCUGAGAAAGUUUGUGUUCGAUGCACACAAUAGUCCCUUUGUGAGCGUGAGAAGGUACCUUCGUGCUUUCGAGAGGGUCUUUAGCCACGUCUCCAACUUAGCAAAACUGAUCUGAUGUAAGAUGACCAAAGCGGAAUUUGAACGCCUAGUCGUGGCUGCUAAACACUGCAAAAAAAUAAAGUUUGAGUAUUGUGCGAUAGAGACAGAUGGAGAAGUGGACUUUGGAGACCACCUUGAUGACUCCAGUUUUGAGGAAAUUGAUUUUAUAGGAACUGGAGAGAGUGAAUGUAGUGACUGGGAGAGCAAUGACUUUGUGAGGUUUGAGAACAUUAUCAAAGGUUUUGCUAAAACAAAGCCCAGAGAUAUCACAAUGACUUUAGAAAACUGCAAUAUAACCGAAGACAAAGCUCAAUCAAUCCUUGACAAAUACGGCCUUACCAAGAUCACCCUUCAAAUAUCCGGAAUGUUUAAGAGUAGAGAUUUAUGUAUGCAUUAUUAUAAUAGCCUGAGUUAAGUUCAAC